AUGGGCAGAAAGAAUCUAACAGAGCCCACCUACUUUAUUCUGAGUGCAGUCUCCAGCCUGCCUGACCUGCAGCUUCCCCUUUCCUGGAUCUUCCUCAUCAUCUAUGCUAUCACUGUGGUGGGCAACCUGGGCAUGAUCAUUCUGACCAAGCUGGAUUCCCACUUACACACAGCCAUGUAUUUUUUUAUCAGACACUUGGCUUACAUGGAUCUGGGUGAUGCCACCACCAUUUAUCCCAAAAUGCUGCUAAAUUUUGUUAUGGGUCAAAAUACCAUUUCAUCUCAUGCAUGUGCCACCCAGAUGGCCUUCUUCAUUGCAUUCAUCAUCAGUGAACUUUUCAUCUUGUCAGCCAUGGCCUAUGACCGCUAUGUGGCCAUCUGCAACCCUCUGCUCUACAGCAUCAUCAUGUCUCGGGCACGUUGCCACGUGCUGGUGGGCAUUCCAUACCUCUACAGCAGCUUUCAGGCUGGCAUGAUCACUAGUAAGAUUUUUGUGUUGACUUUCUGUAGCUCUCACAUCAGGCAUUUCUACUGUGAUAAUGUUCCUGUGUUACUCAUGUUGUGUUCAAAUGCAAGAGAUAUAAAAUUGCUGAUCAUCUUAUUUUCAGCAUUCAAUUUGAUCUCCUCCCUCCUGGUAGUUCUUCUGUCCUACGUGCUGAUUCUCUUAGCAGUAUGUCGUAUGAAGUCUGCAGAGGGAAAACGAAAAGCUUUCUCCACGUGUGCCUCCCAUCUGACAGUGGUGGUAGUCUUCUAUGCGACUCUUCUCUUCAUGUACGUACAGCCCAAAUCCACUCAUUCCUUUGAAACUGAUAAACUGACCUCUGUCUUUUACACAUUAGUGAUCCCCAUGCUGAACCCCUUAAUCUACAGCUUUAGGAACAAAGAGGUAAAAAAUGCCUUCCACCGGGUCUUUAGGAAUAAAUUUAAUUUUUUUUUUAAUGUUCCAUUUAGAAUGCUGGUCUAA